AUUGUAAAUCCCAAUAUUAUAAUAUACUACGGUCUGUGUUACGUUCUGCAGGCAACCAUCGAGUCUGGAAAGACGGAAUUCGAAAUUCGUGACCUAACAGCCAAAUUCACUACAGACGUGAUUGGCACAUGCGCGUUUGGACUGGAAUGCAAUUCGCUGAAAGACUCGCAAUCCGAAUUCAGACGGAUGGGAUGUGCAGUGCUCAAUUCGUCCGCAUCUUUAGCGUUGGCCAAAAUGGUCCGAGUGUUCUUCCCGAAACUUUUCAAGGCGUUGAAACUCCGUACGUUCCCGGCCGAAGUGCAACAGUUCUUCAUGGGCAUCGUAAAACAGACAAUCGACUUCCGGAACACCAACCGAGUGCGUCGAAACGACUUCAUACAGCUGUUGCUUGAGAUUAAAAACCAAAAUCACAACCAAGAAAACGCGAUU